CGAGUCACUAGCAAGCUUCGCUGGAAAUCCGCCUCGAUCUCGGAUCAUACUUCCAUUGUGAAGAUACUCGAUAGAACCUCUAGAUCUCCUCGGAAGACCACCCUUAUAUCGACGCAAAGAUGCCCGGAGACGAAACACUGCAGAAAGAUCACAUUGAUUCGGGAUCUGAGGACGAGGAGGAUGAGAUCGAGGAGGACAUCCCUAAAGUCGAGGUGGACGUGACGAAGCUUACUGCGCUAUCACCUGAAGUCAUCUCGAAACAAGCGACGAUAAAUCUGGGGACGAUUGGACAUGUGGCCCACGGGAAGUCGACGGUGGUGAAGGCGAUAUCUGGCGUCAUGACUGUGCGGUUCAAGAAUGAGCUCGUCCGCAACAUCACCAUCAAGCUUGGUUACGCGAACGCGAAAAUCUACAAAUGCGAGAACGAUGCGUGCCCAAGACCUGGCUGCUACCGCUCAUACCGCUCCGACAAAGAAGAUCACCCACCAUGCGAACGCCCAGGGUGUGGUCAUCGUAUGAAGCUCAUCCGCCAUGUCUCCUUCGUCGACUGCCCCGGUCACGACAUUCUCAUGGCCACCAUGUUGAACGGUGCCGCGGUCAUGGACGCCGCGCUGCUGCUCAUCGCGGGAAACGAAACUUGCCCACAACCGCAAACCUCGGAACAUCUUGCCGCGGUGGAGAUCAUGAAGCUUGAGCACAUCAUCAUCCUGCAAAACAAGGUGGAUCUCAUCAAGGAGCAACAGGCUCUCGAGCACCACAAAAGCAUUACCGCCUUCGUCAAGGGCACCGUGGCCGAGUCAUCUCCUAUUGUCCCGAUAUCUGCCCAGCUGAAGUACAACAUCGACGCUGUCAACGAGUACAUCGUGAAGCGCAUCCCCGUUCCCGUCCGCGAUUUCACUUCCGACCCCAAGCUCAUCGUCAUCCGAUCCUUCGACGUCAACAAACCAGGUGCGGAAGUCGACGAACUCAAGGGCGGCGUCGCUGGCGGCUCCAUCCUCACCGGCGUCCUCCGCCUCGGCCAGGAGAUCGAGAUCAGACCCGGAAUCGUCACGAAGGACGCGUCGGGACGGAACAAGUGCAAGCCGAUCUUCAGCAAGAUCGUCACGCUGCUCGCGGAGAACAACCAGCUGCAGUUCGCGGUGCCCGGUGGGCUGAUCGGUGUCGGAACCAAGAUUGACCCGACCUUGUGCCGUGCGGACCGACUCGUUGGGCAGGUCUUGGGCGCGGUCGGUAAACUACCCCAGAUUUACACGGAGCUGGAGAUUAGUCUCUUCCUUCUCCGUCGUCUACUCGGUGUGAAGACUGAGGACAAGAAGCAAACCAAGGUCUCCAAGCUCGUCAAGAACGAGCUGCUCCUCAUCAACAUCGGCUCCACCUCCACCGGUGGCCGUGUGCUUAGCGUCAAGGCAGACUUGGCCAAGAUUCAGCUCACGUCACCAGCGUGCACGGAGAUUGGCGAGAAGGUUGCCCUUUCACGUAGGAUAGAAAAGCAUUGGCGACUUGUUGGAUGGGGAAGCGUCCAACGCGGUACCGUUUUGGAGGUGGACUAGAUCAAAGUCGUGCUUGAGCAAGCCUACCGAAACGUUCCGCGCGAGGCGCGGUCCCUGUAGCCUUACGUGUCGCAUAGAACAUUCUUGUACGCCCUAGGUUGAUGUUUUGCUGGGAAUGUUGUUUUCCGAUCCC